AUGAAAAUUCGAAAUUCCUUUGCUGCUGCAUUUUUGGUUCUUUGUGCUUUGAGUGCAUACCUUGGUUUCGCCGAUAUCCACCUCGGUUAUGACAAGGCUCUUCAUGCCAUUACUUUUUUCAUCUUAACUUUAGUGUUUUACUGGACAAUUGACUCAUCAAGAAAGAAGAGUAUUAAUCUUACUUUCUUGGUGUGCACAGUUUUCCUGGGAAUUGGCUCUGAAUUUGCACAAAACUUUUCUCCUUAUCGAGAAUUCGACUUUAAGGAUAUUCUUUAUAAUGCUGCGGGAAGUAUUUCGGCAAUCGCACUCUCUGCCUGGUACCACAAAAGACUGCUAUCUAGAAAGCGAUCUGCUAAAUAUCAUGCUCUUCAUCAAGUAGAUACCCCUCACCAAAGAUUAGGACAAGUCACUGAGACUGGGGAGGAAAUUGAUCUAGAGGCUCAAACAGCACCUUCUACUCUUCGUGCUCAGCCAGAGCGCGUUGUUGAAGAUGAUGCCAGUGCUAUCACGUUACAAGAAGUUGCUCCUGAGCCAGUUUCUGCUUCUGUUUCUACGGCGGAAGCUGUAUCUAAGUAA